AUGACCGUUCCGCCAACGAAUAGCACCAAUAUCAAUGGCUCGCUGGCCCGAAUGUCUACCUCUGAUACUUCUGUCCCUACCUCAGUCAAUGCUGCUGAGCUACUUGCUCACGGGGAACCUUUCAUUGAAUUCCCCCGAUAUUCCAUACUCGAUAUAAAGAAAGAGGCUGCCUUCGCAUAUGAAAAGCCGGAUGAGGGGGGUGCACCAUCUCAACCGAAUGCGCCAGGGACGAAUACUGGGCAGUUAGGGAAAGAUACUACAGACUAUUUUUCUGGUUGGCUUUCAGCAAGAUUGCAAGACGGCAAGCCGUUCGUGAUACAAGAUUUUGAUAAACUACCUGAAUGGAAUAAGAGGCUGUUCUCCCUUGAAGGCUUAAUUGAACAUUCUACAAAGAAAAAUAUUCCUAUUCGGAACUGCAGCACGAACAGAGAUCUCAGCUUCACCCUUAAGAAAUUCGCCGAUGCAUCUCGACAAUCUUACCGGGAAUUUAAAAACCUCUACGCUCGAGACCUGCGUUGCCCGGAUUCCUGGUUGGAGCAAUGUAGAAGAUUACUCCCUCCUGAGGUUCAAUGGAGUGGCAGGCUGGACCUGUUUCAAUGGCUGCCAUCAUGCGCCCGCAGCGAGGUGAUGAUGGCCUAUGUUGGCUCCGAAGGCUCCUCAUUUCCUCCCCAUUGUUCUAUUGACCAAUUUUUCGGUAACACCAGCAGCCUUGAGCUAACACUUAUUGAUAUUACGGGCCUAGAUCGGCCGGUUCUCUGCUUUGGAACUGAUUUCAGCUCGCAACAAAAAUACGAUAACUUCAUGGCGGCUCGUGGUGCGUCACCCCACGUCGACUGGCUGAAUCUGGGACCAGAGGAUCUUAAGAAAGCAAAUUUUCCUGUCUACAUCUGCGAACAAUGGCCUGGAGACCUUGCUGUCUUUCCUCCUGCAACAGCACACCAGGUUUGGAAUCUUGGGAAAGUUUCAACGAAAGUGGUGUGGAACAUCUUACAUCCUCUAUCCCUGGAUGCUGGCCUACACUAUGUCCAGCCUCCUUUCAACCGUUUAUGCCAUCCGGAUGUCGCUCGAUCGAAUCUCUCACUGGCCUGCGCCAUGCUGAGUCUGCUUCGUGAUGAUCAACAUGCAAUUAUUCCUCCAGAUCUACCCCUGUUGACAAGACUCUUCAAUCAAAUGGCAAAGGAUGAGACAAUCGACGGCAGUCCUGCGACAGCAGUGACGCUUGUCCCUAUACCCGAGACAGCCAUAGCAACCUGCAAUUUUUGUGGUACCGCUAUCUGGAACCGUCAUCUACGCUGCAACCAAUGUCUGGAUUUUGACCUCUGUCUCAUGUGUUAUCUGAGCGGUCGCAGCUGCGAGCACCCUUCAAGCUAUUCAUGGGCUGAGAUUGUUCCGCAAGAUAUAUGCUCGCGUGUUGUACAAAGAGCAGAAUCUAUACUUGGAUACAACAUAAGCCAAUCCUCUGAAGGAUCCCGUAUUCCGGAUCAGCGCAAAACCUUAGGUACGGCGGUAAACGAAUUGAUGCUUGCUAGACAGAGCAUGGCAGUGAAACUGUGCCACCUAUGUCGGAGCGAUCAUCUCGAAUGGAAAGGCAGACGUUGUGAUAAGUGUUCAGCCUUCUUUUGCUACCGGGGACUGUAUCGUCACUUUGAUAUGGCAUCUGCAGAUGUCAUGCGCCAUCCUGGACUAUGGAUAUGUCCAAAAUGCUUAGAGAGUUGUAACUGUCGAUGCUGCCAUUUCGUUUCCCCUUACGUCAAAGCUGAAAAGCCCGCGUCAAAACGCAGAGUUCGGCCUGGAGAUCCGCGGGGGAAAAAUAUGGGAUUUACAGACAAUGUGUUUGACCAAAAAAAGCCAUCUCCCAUAUCCGCACCGCCCCGCCGUGCUACUGCUUCUGCCAUCACCCUUCCUACACUCUCAACCCCUGAAUUGGCCGACUUAUCUCUCCUUCAUGGAAGAAGGGACUCUACUAUCGAGGCAGUUUCGGAUGGCUCAUCACUUGACCGAUUUAAGAUGAGAAGAACAUCAGUUGUUUCUCGCGAUACCACCCCAAAGCCCUGCUCUGAUAUACCUCCUGGCAAGACCCUUCUUGGGAUAAACUACAUAACGCAGACGGCUUCAACCAGUGACGACCAACUAUCUCUCCCCCCUCUCAAGGGUGGUGGUUCCUACUCCAGCGGGCCUUUAAGUAUGACCUCACCCUCUACCGUGUCCCGCAAGUCGAUGUCAAAUGAUGGUGGAAUGGCCACUCUAGCUACUAUUGCAAGCACUAGGGAAUUAGAGCCCUCCUCCCUCCCAAGUAGCACUGCCAUCGGACACGUAUCUCGGUAUGACAGGGACUCUAGAAGCGAUAGCAACAGUGACACCAUGGCUUUGAUGACACAGCCUGAGGCACAUCAUCAGCCCCAACCAUAUAGCCAGCAUCACUACCAGGCAAAUAAUACGCAGCCGCACCACUUUCCCCCUUCAUUUGGGUUUUUCCCUAACUCCAGACAACAGCCAACGACUCAGCAUCAGCACCAUUCCGGCGCCCCAAGCAAUACGCUCCUCAGUGGACCCCUAGCCACAUCGACCUCAACUCCCCGUUCAACAUCACUGGCAUUACCAUCAAACCCAAACGCGUUAGCUACGAACACUAUCCCCGCACUUGAGACACAGCUUACUCGCCUCCGUCAGUACUCUGAAGAAGUCCUUUCACUAUCCCUGUACGACUCUCACAGGCUUCUCCAGGAUGAGAUACAACGACUAGAGGGUACUUUAUUACUAGCUAAAAAGGACCGAAGUGAACGGGUCCUUCGCAAUUUGGAAGCGGAAUUCCCAGCCCUGAGAAAUAUCCACGAAGGCCUCAAACGAGAGGCCACACGACUUGGUUACUUUUAA